ACCCGUGAGGUGUUUGUCAAUAUGAUUCAAAUACAUCAGGUGAUGCUAUGCAUCGUGUAAAGAGUUGAUUCCAAGAAGAAGAAUUUAACGCAGCAAAUUUCUCUUCCGCAAAAACGUAGGAGGGGUUUGUGGCCUAGCCUUUGCGAUUCGUUUGUGGAUUAUGAAUUUCCCCUCUAGGGGAAUCAAAAUUGUGAGAUAAAGCAACAUCAGAGACCUUGAAAUUGUGGACAUAUUAUCAGCUGUGCAUCCAAAUUGUAUCAUUCAUCGUCACCGAAGAAAGGGGGUAAAUUUUGAGCCGACUAUCAACGCUGACUCGUUCUCAUUUUUCACAACAAAGAAGCAGUUUCCCGGAAUGAGCUCUUUAUUCCAGCAGUGAGCCGUUUUAAAGUCAUUCGGCGACGUUCUCUUGUGAAUGCUUUUGUCAUAACAUCGAGUAUGGACAGACACCUACAAAAAAUUUUCAGCUUUUGGUACUUUUAGCAUAUACAUCUAUAAUUGGAGGACUGAUACUACCUCGUGCAUUCAAUAUGCCAGGGUUGUGCCUAAAUCCUACCAGCUAGAAAUAUGCCGGAGGAGCACUAGUGACAAGUUUCUAAGUCGGACUCUCUCUUAGGUUAUAAACACCAUUAUGAUCCUUUCCAAACUGGUUAGAACUCGUUUAUUAAGAUGUCGAGUGUGUCUGCUUGCCUUUCUUGUGUUAGCUCUGUGGGUACUUUUGAUUGUGCAGUGGUUGAAGAUGAAUCCUACUAAGAGACAUCUUUCAGAAACCUUUCCCAGCCAUGAAAACUUAUCUGGUAUGGAAGAAAAUGGAAUCAAGUGCAAGCCUCACAGGCCAGACAAAAGUGGCCAAGAACAAAUUCUUAAAUUUUAUGGACGUCUAGGACAGUUGGAGGAGCCAAAGUGUGACGAUACACAUCACCCAGAGAUCUGUUCAUACCAGUUAACCAAGUUAAUGGAACAUCAUGUGUCUUGUGAUGUGAAAUUGUGUGGGUCUUCAGAGAUUCAAAUGGCUUCUGUGAAUCCACAAAUGGGAAAAGCUGUUGAUGACUGGGAAACAUUGCCAAAGGAAAAAGUUACUUAUAAAGUACAGGAGGCAGUGAAAACAAACCUGGAAAAUGGAUUUAAUUUCUUGUUCCUUAAAUGUGGGAACAUUUAUCAAGCCUUGAGUUUUCCUCCCAUCUUUAAGGAAAAUGAAAAUGCUGAAGGCAGAAGUGCUAUAAAUGUAAAUAUUAUUAUGUUGGACUCUAUCUCAAGACCACACUUCUAUCGAACUAUGCGAAAAGCCACAGAAGCUUUGAAGAAGAUUAGUGAAGAUCCUAAAAUCAAGUCCACAUAUUUGGACUUUGAACUUGUUCAAAGCAUUGGUCAACAGACUUUUGAAAACUUGAGACCAUUCUUCAGCGGUGUUCUGAAAGAUGACAAUGAAGUCAGUGUCUCUGCAAGCAAUAAAAAUGCUCCUUUGGGUGUGGAAGUGCUAUAUGGGGCUGUAAAAAAGUGGGGCUAUCAGACACUCUUUCAAGAGGACCUUUGCUGGUAUGAUAUAUGGGGAAGUGCAUUAACAGAUAAUGAAAGGAGAAAAAUUCCUAAAACAAAUUCUGAAUUUAGAGAGAGGUGGAAAGAAUUUCAGGAAAAGAUGGCAAAGAAAAUGGUUGACCAUUUUGGGAUUACACAUUUUUCCUGCACGGUGUUGAACAGAAUUGGAAGGACCAAUCACUAUGACAAUCCUCAGAAAAUUUGUCUUAAUGGGCAGUUUUACAGUUGGUACUUCUUUGACUACAUAAGAAAGGUGUAUACUGCCUUAGAAAACAACAGAAAAGCCAAACCAUUGGUCUCAUACAUGCAUUUCAACACGGGACAUGAGAUGACAGGGAAACGAAUGAUCAACAUGGAUGCCAGCAUGGCAAAGUUUUUCACAGAUAUGGCCUUGUUUCCAAACACUUUGACCGUGAUUUUUUCAGACCAUGGUCACAAAAUGACUCCAUUCAGUUACACUGAAGAGGGAAGGAGAGAGUUAUUUGAUCCAGCCUUCUUCAUGAUUGUCCCUGAUGGUGUUAAAGAGAAACUGGGUCCAGAAAGGAUGGAAGCUUUGGUAACAAACCAAAAGCGCAUCUUUAUGUUGUAUGAUGUUCACGAAGCACUCAUGAGUUUGCAUGAUUCUCAAGAGAAGGACUCUAGGGAUUAUUCAGUUUCAGGGAUAUUUUCAGAGAUUUCGGCCAACCGCACUUGUGCAGACUUGUACAUGCUUCCCUUGACAAGAUGCAAAUGUGAAGGUUUUGAUGAAGAAAUUCCUUUAAAGGAUAAUGCAGACGAUCAGAUGUGGUUAGCAGAAUUUGCUCUGGGACAUAUCAAUGAUGCUAUUCAAAAACAACACAUGAGUGGAAAUGGUGAUUCAAAGAAUAACUAUGGCUAUGGAAACUGCCAGCGCUUGGUUGGAAAAUCAUUUGAGAAGGUUUUCAAACGAUUCCGUGGAGAAUACAUCUUGACCACGAUGGACAUUCACGUGAUCCCUCCGGCCGGAUUCACAGAGGAUGAAGUUUAUCGAGUCUCUGUCAAACAGUUUGCCAAACCACAACAAGGAGUAUUUUUUCUCAGUUCUGUCCGGGUAACAAUGUAUAACAAGUUUGCCUUGUGUGCAGAUAAGUCCGUGGAUAUUAAGCUCUGCGCAUGCUCCAAAGAGCAAACCGCAGACGCCGAGAUGAAAGAAGUGUUGUUUGACAAUGGAGUUCCUCGCGAAAUGUUUGGUUCGGACACAAUUGUGAGAGACUUGGAUUCAAACUGUUUGUUAUUCUUGCGACGGAAUCAUGGGACGUUUUCAUUUGGGUUAGAAGUUGCAAAUGUUUGCACAAAUCGAACUUAUAAAUUUGAACUAACAGGCUCAAUGGAUCAAAGGAUAUUUUCCAAGACUUUGCCCAUUGGGCUGGAAUUAUUCCCAAAGACGUUUAGUUUUUUGACUUCUGUCAACAAAUACCUCUCAAAAGUAAACGAGCCGUUAGGAUUGAAAGCAAGUGUGAAAGUUAAGAAGGAUGGAUCAAACACCUUUACUGAUUUGGGGAUUUUCAGUGUUACAUGACAGUAAAUAUAGUUUUCAAACCGUGAGAAAAUUAUUCCUCCGGACAAGACAAGGGAAACUUCAUCUGUACAUAAAGAUCUUAAACACUUCAAUUCUGUGUAUUUACAUUUUCUUUUAGCCAACUUUAUGCUAUUUGAUUUAUGAACUUGUUUGUUAUUUUUUGUGACAAAGCCAUUGUUGUUACUCGAAUGACAAAGCGCUGUCUAUACUAAUGAGAUUUGUUUGCUCGUUGCAGUCGCUAGUGUAGAAAUUCCUCGUUACGCAAUUUUUAGCUGACCGGAAAUGGAUGUUUGGAGGUCAAAAAUGUUAUGAAAAUAGGGAAAUACAGACACUUAGAGUAAGAGGUAAACUUACCUUACUGUUACAUGAAUCUGUUUACAAUCUCGUAGUAAUUUGGAUCAGCCUGAACACAGCGGUCAAGCGUAGGACAUGCGCGAUGGGAUUACGUUUGACCGGCCGCCAAUUUCCCGUACAAAAUUUCUAAAGCGGAAUAUAUCUCUGUCUUGCAAAGAAAGAAAAUUGAGACGUUCAUAUUAAUCGGUAAUGUCCUUCGCUACCAGUAUGAGAAAAAAAAAAUAGGGAAAAGGAAAAAGUUGAGAGUUUUUCGAACUUACAGCUCAUUCAAGUACGUCUUUUUGUCAUUUAAUUUGAAUUUCUGUUUUGAAAUGUUUUGACAUCCGACCCACACAAACACUCCCUAUGUGUUCUCGGGUUUUCUAAAUAUCCAUAGAGAUAAUUUAAUUUCACCACGAAAUAUGCAAAA